AUGCAUCUCACAACACUACUAUCUCUCGCCGCUCUCACGAGUAUAAGCACAGCCAACACACCAGGCUGCGGCAAAGACAUACCUGCCAAGUUCCCAGAAGCAGGAUCAAGCGAGAGCCUUACCCUCCCAAACUCAGACCGGCGAUACAGAUUGUACAUCCCGGCCAACUAUGACAAGAACAAGCCAACACCGGUAUACUUCUCCUUCCAUGGAGCGUCGCGCAACAUGCUAGAUCAAGAGCAACUAUCCCAAUUCUCAAACCCCGAAUUCAACCCCGACGGAAUUGCCGUCUACCCAGACAGCAAAAAUGGGUUCUGGCUGUCCAACCCGUAUGCAAAGACGUCGCGUCCCAACGAUCUAGACUUCACCAAUGAUCUGCUCACGCACGUGGAAGAGUCCCUCUGCGUCGACACAAGCAAAGUGUACGCGACAGGAAAGUCGAAUGGCGGUGGUUUCACUGGCGUCAUUGCCUGUAACGCGACUGUUGGAAGCCGGUUUGCGGCCUUUGCGGCUGUCAGCGGCGCCUGGUAUAAUACAGACGAUAUUCCGGGUGUGGGGCCGUGUGCCCCCGCUAAGCGGGACGGGGGAUAUCCUUUCUUGGAGAUCCAUGGCACUGUGGAUACGACGGCGCCUAUCGAUGGUGACGAUGAGGAUAUUCCCAAGCUGGCUGUCAUUGAUGUUCUUCAGGGUUGGGCGGCUCGAAAUGGAUGCGGGGACCAUGCCAAGUGGACUACGAAUGAGACUAUCUUCGAAAAGCCGCCUGUGAAUCAUGCUUCUUGGGACUGUGACGGGAAGAAAGGUAUUGUUCAGCAUUAUCGCGAGGCUAAAAAUGGCCAUUGCUGGCCAAGCACCGUUGGCAAUGAUGACUAUGACCGACUUGCCGCACAGUGUCCCUUGGGCAAGUCGGAGUUCAAUGCUACUCAGUACAUCUUUGACUUCUUCAAGGGGGAUCACUCGGACAUGCCUAGCACAACAAGUACUGGCGCACCAGGUCCCACUAGUACUAAUGGCACAUUCCAUGGGAACCACAGCCCAAAGAUUUUACACCCCAUGUCCAUCCAUGCUUUGUAUCUUAUCUUUGCAGCUGUUCUUAUCAAUUCGAUGCAUCUGUAA